AUGAGCGCAGGCGCACAACAACAAAAUCUCUUCCAACCUCUUCAAAAACCUCUUCAUGACCAGAACCAUGACCCUAUCCCCCCUGGUUCCUCGGGCUCAGGCUCGACAGUGGCCGCCUCAGAAGCCUCGAACGAUAGUACCUCGUCGCUUGUCGUGGUAGACUGGGAUGGCCCGGAUGACCCUGAGAAGCCGUUGAACUGGUCGCGCGCUAAGAAGAGGGCCAUCAUUAGUUCUGUUUGUCUAAUGCGGUUUACUACUCCGUUGGCUUCGUCGAUGAUGGCCCCGGCCCUACUCCAGAUUGGUGACGAGUUUUCGGGUACUUCAGAGAUGUUGAUUACGUUUUCUGUCUCUAUUUAUAUUAUUGGUUUCGGUAUCGGUCCUCUCAUCCUCGCCCCUCUCUCCGAAAUCUAUGGACGCAACCUCAUCUACAAUGCUGGAAAUGUCCUCUUCACCCUCUUCACGGCUCUUUGUGGAGUUUCUCCCAAUGCGACUGCGCUUUUGAUCUUCCGUCUGCUUGCUGGUGUCUUUGGUGGUGCCCCGUUGACCAAUGGCGGUGGUACAAUUUCGGAUCUUGUUCCUGUUAGCGAGCGUGGACUCAUCAUGAGUAUCUUCAGCUUGAGUAUGCUUAUCGCACCCGUCGUUGGCCCCAUUGCUGGUGGUUUCCUCUCCCAAGCCGCGAACUGGAGAUGGAUCUUCUGGCUGUUGACCAUCCUGAGCGGCUUCACCACCAUUGUCUGCUUUACUUUCCUCCGCGAAACCUACGGACCCGUUCUCCUUGAGAAAAAGGCAGCCCGCAUGCGCAAAGAAACCGGCAACCCCAACAUCCAAUCCGCCAACAAGUCUCCGCUUCCUUUGAGCCAGCUCUUCCGCCAGGUAAUCAGCCGCCCUAUCGAGUUCUUGUACAAGAGUCCUGUCAGUAUCGUAAUGGCGCUGUACAUGGGCUUGGUCUACGGUAUCAUCUAUCUCCUGUUCACAUCGUUCACGCAAGUCUUCGAGAACACCUACGGAUUCAGCCAGGGUAUCGCCGGUCUUUGCUACGUGGGAUUGGGUCUUGGUUGCGCCACACAGUUGUUUUCGGGUCACUACAGUGACAAGAUCUACGUGCGACUCUCGCAGCGCAACGGUAUUGAACGCCCGGAAUAUCGUCUACUCCUUCUGAUCCCCGCCGCUCUCUCCCUCCCGGUUGGACUUGUGAUUUACGGCUGGACCGCAUACUACAAGAUCCACUGGAUCGUUCCCAUCAUCGGUACCUUUUUCAUUGGUGUCGGCUUCUCAGGAUCCAUGACCUCCGUUCAAACAUACCUCGUCGACGCCUUCAGCGCAUACUCCGCCAGCGCCCUUGCAGCCAACAACGUCGUCCGCAGUAUCGCUGGUGGUGUGGUCCCUCUCGCAGGACCAAGCAUGUACGACAAGCUCGGACUGGGAUGGGGCAAUACCCUUCUGGGAUUGAUGGCUCUUGUUUUCGGAUUGACCCCGAUGUACUUCUACCGGUACGGUGGAAGCAAGCAGGAGAAGAACGAGAAGGAGAUACCCGUUUGA